UUGAUUGCUCUCAAGUUGGUGGAGCUGGACGGAAGGUCUGAGCGUGCGGUGUUGCGAGGUCUGUUACAAGCCGAGAGAGCGCAAGGGGCGUCAUAGGGGACGGCGUAAGAGCUGGGGACACUGCCGCCUGCAGGUUGUGUCCGCGCCAAGUCCGACCUGACCAGUGGACGGUCCCUGCACCACUCUGUGGAAAGAAGCUCUGAUGGCGGUGCCUGCCCUGAAGGACCCCGGUCAGAGCCGUGUGACCUUUGAGGAUGUAGCUGUGUACUUCUCCCAGGAAGAAUGGUGUCUUCUUGAUGAGGCUCAGAUACAACUGUACCUUGAUGUCAUGUUGGAGAACUUUGCACUUGUAUGCAUGCUGGGUUCUUGGCCUGGAGCUGGGGAUGAAGAGACACUUUUUGAACAGAGCAAAUCGGUAGGAGUGUCACAGAUUGGGACUCCCAGGGCAGAUUCGUCUGCUGAGAAUGUCCAGCCCUGUAAGAUAUGCAUCCUGGUCUUGAGAAACAUUUUGCACUUGACUGAAGAGCAGGGAACAAAUAGUGGACAGAAAGCAUACUCAUGUGGGACACAUGGAAAACAGUUCUGUUUCACUGCAGACAUUCAGCAGCACCAGAAGCAGCACACGAGAGAGAAUCUUUUACAAUAUGUUAAGGGGAAACUCUCAUUUUUGAAGAGCUGCACAAUCCAUGCAUCAGGAAGUCUCUCCCCAUACAGUGAGAUUGGGAAGGAAUUCGUGGCCAACAUGGGAGUUCAGCCACAGAUAAAAAACACCAGGAAUCAACAAAACAACAGUAAGGAGUGUGAAACUGUUUUUCACAGUGGAAAAAGUCAUCAGAGCUGGGGAGAAGGCAAGAAAGCCUCCAGCCGCACAGACAUACUUGUUCAAGAUGAGAGAAUCCUCACUAGUGAACGGUCUUGUGAGUUCACAGGCGGCACUCACAAAAGUAACCAUGUUCAGCACCAGAAAGGUCACAUUAGACAAAGGUCUUCCGAGUGCACUGAAUGUGGGAAAUCCUUUGGCCAAAGAAAGUAUCUCAGGAUUCAUAGGCGAAUUCACACUGGAGAAAGGCCUUAUCAGUGCAAGGAAUGUGAUAAAUCUUUUACCUAUAAGAACCGUUUCAUUGGACAUCAGAGAAUUCAUACUGGAGAAAGGCCAUAUGAAUGCACUCAAUGUGGAAAAUGUUUUACCCAUCAAUCCUCUUUCUAUGUACAUCAAAGAAUUCACACUGGAGAAAGGCCUUAUAAGUGCAAUGAAUGUGGGAAGUCUUUUAUCAACAACUCCAAUUUCCAUAGACAUCAGAGAAUUCACCAAGGAGAAAGGCCUUAUACGUGUAAUGUAUGUGGGAAAUCUUUUAUAACUCUGGCUGGCAUCCGAUAUCAUCAGAAAGUUCACAACGGGGGAGUGCUGAAUAAGAGCAGUGACUCUGGGACAUCCUUUAAUCAAAUGCAGCAACUCAGUUCCAGUAGGAAAAUCCACACUGGAGAAAAGCCUUAUGAGUGCAGUGAAUGUGGGAAAUCUUUUACUGCCAGCUCUAGCCUUUGGUAUCAUCAGAGAAUUCACAGUGGAGAAAGGCCUCAUGAAUGCAGUGAAUGUGGGAAAUCUUUCAUUGUUAGGUUGAGCCUUCGCAAUCAUCAGAGAGUUCACACUGAAGAAAGGCCUUAUAAGUGCAAUGAAUGUGGAAAAUGUUUUACUAGCAGUUCGAGCCUUCUUCGUCAUCAGAGAGUUCACAAUGGAAAAAGGCCUUAUGAGUGCAGUGAAUGUGGGAAAUCUUUUACUGCUAGCUAUGGCCUUCGGUAUCAUCAGAGAGUUCACAGUGGAGAAAAACCUUACGAGUGCAGUGAAUGUGGGAAAUCUUUUACUGCCAGCUCUAGCCUUCGGUAUCACCAGAGAGUUCACAGUGGAGAAAAACCUUAUGAAUGCAGUAAAUGUGGGAAAUCUUUUACUGCUAGCUAUGGCCUUCGGUAUCAUCAGAGAGUUCACCAUUGAGAAAAACCUUAUAAGUUCAGUGAAUGUGGGAAUCUUCUACUGCUAGCUCUGGCCUUCAGUAUCAUCAGAGUUCACAGUGGAGAAAGGCCUCAUGAAUGCAGUGAAUGUGGGAAAUCUUUCAUUGUUAGGUUGAGCCUUCGCAAUCAUCAGAGAGUUCACACUGAAGAAAGGCCUUAUAAGUGCAAUGAAUGUGGAAAAUGUUUUACUAGCAGUUCGAGCCUUCUUCGUCAUCAGAGAGUUCACAAUGGAAAAAGGCCUUAUGAGUGCAGUGAAUGGGAAAUCUUUUACUGCUAGCUAUGGCCUUCGGUAUCAUCAGAGAGUUCACAGUGGAGAAAAACCUUACGAGUGCAGUGAAUGUGGGAAAUCUUUUACUGCUAGCUCUAGCCUUCGGUAUCACCAGAGAGUUCACAGUGGAGAAAAACCUUAUGAGUGCAGUAAAUGUAGGAAGUCUUUUACUGCUAGCUGUGGCCUUCGGUAUCAUCAGAGAGCUCACCAUUGAGAAAAACCUUAUAAGUUCAGUGAAUGUGGGAAAUCUACUGCUAGCUCUGGCCUUCAGUAUCAUCAGAGUUCACAGUGGAGAAAGGACUUAUGAAUGCAGUGAAUGCAGGAAGUCUUUUAUUAAUAAGUCCAGUCUUUUUGAUCAUCAGAGAAUUCACACUGGAGAAAGGCCUUUUGAGUGCAGUGAAUGUGGGAAAUCUUAAUAGUGGAUCAGGUCUAUUUGGUUAUCAGAGAGUUCACACUGGAGAAGGGGACUUAUGAAUGCAGCUAAUGAGGACAGCACUAGCGUUGGAGUUGGGGGUGGGUAACAGCAUGGGAGGCCACAAGUGCAGUCAUCAGGCAGCAAAUGGACUAUUUCUAGGGAGGAAUUUGAGGCACAGAGAGGCUGUGUUUUCUAAUUAUUACCUCCCAGCAAUGGACAGAUAUUCGGGAUUCAGUGUCAGGUUGCCUAUUUUCAGGACAAGAGAAGUCUGGUCACUGUAAUCUUCUUUCCCUUCCAACCCAGCUUUGGGAACUCAAAGAAGACCUAAUCAUCCUCUGCCCCCAUCCUCAGCUCAUACACUGCGCUCCAUGCUCAGUGGUCAUGACUAUCCACUGAAAAGCAACAUUCAUGGCUUUCCUGUGAAUGAAUGAUCCCAUUAUCUACCUAGUAAUGCUCUGUUCCCAGCACCUCCGUCCCACAGCAUUGCACUGGGUUUAGCACAGCCAGGAGUGAAGAAGAGACUUGUAUGAUACUGUAUGAUAUCUCUUAUGUGCAAUUUUAAAACAAUACAAAAUAAUACACAUGCAAAACAGAAACAAACUCAGGUUUAGGGGCUUCACUGGUGGCUCACUGAUAAAGAACCUGCCUGCCAGUGCAGGAGAUGUGGGUUCAAUCCUGGGUCAGGAUGAUCCUCUGGAGAGGAAAUGGCAACCCACUCCAGUAUUCUUGCCUGGAGAAUCCCGUGGACAGGGGAGCCUGGUAGGCUACAGUCCAUGGGUUCUCAAAGAGUUAGACAUGACUUAGCAACUACACAGAUGUAGAAAACAAACUAAUGGAUAUCAAAGGAGAGACAAAAGUGUGAUAGAACAAAUGAUGUGUAUGGGAUUAAGAGAUUAAAAACUCCUAUUUAUAAAACAGCAACAGGUUUAUAUUGUAUCAGAUAAAGAAUUAUAGCUAUUAUUGUAUAAUAACAUUUGGUGGAGUAUAAUCUGUAAAAUACUGAAUCACUGUGCUGUACACCUGAAACUAGCAUAAUAUUGUAAAUCUACUGCAAUUAAAAAUAAAAAAAUUUAAAAAUUAAAAAAUAAACAGGUGAAUUUUCCACAGAGAAUUGUUAAUAUUGUAUUUUCUGGAUGGUACAAACCACCAGACAUUUAAUAAAGGGAGUUUCUAUAAAAGUGAUUUGUAGUAUUUAUGAGAUGAUCAGUCAGGUGUGGCUAUAAGGAAAAAACAACAACAGGAAAACAUUGAUGCUCACAGAUCCUGGAAACACAUGGGAAGGUUAUCAGGGUAGUCAUGAGACAUAAGGCAGGAGUGGGAAGUGUUCAGACCACUGUCUGCUAAGGUUCUAUGGGAAAGGCCUGGCAGAGAGGGGUAAACACCUUAGGAUUGCUUGCUUUGAAUAACUUUGGACUUCAUGCUAUAGGGGUGGCCUCUAGUUGCCUGGUGCCUGGUGCUGUGAUGAUGAAGGAAGAGAAACAUUGCCUCCAGGGGUGUUCAGCCAUGUGGAGGAUGUGUGGCUCUUGAUUGUUAAGUUUGUUUUCACAGAGAGGCAGGACAAAUUUGAGUAUCACAUGAGGAGCUAGUAUAUUUUGCUAUAUGAGAAAGAAAUAGUCACUUGGCUGCUUAACCACAUGUGCCAUGUCACUUUGGCCAUGACCUCUCUGGCUACUGAUAAUGGGCAUGGGGACUAGAAAUAAAAAUGCCAGUCAGGGCUUGCAGCUAUUAUGAAUCAGUGGCCUACCUGAGAUGAAUUUCCUUCAUUUCAUAAACAUUCCUGAACGGGAGGUGUCUGGUGGGGGAACAAAGCGGAUCCUGUCCCUGUGGUGUAAACAAGCACGUGGUAACAAAUUGUAUCUCCCAGUUUGAUGUUUCUUUCCAUUUUCCCAGGACACCCUACUAGAUAAUGAAGCAUAAUUAGGUUAAUUAAUUACCAUAUAACAAGUUUUUCACUCUUAGCAAUAGAAGGCAGGAAUAUACUCCUUAACCAUUUUACCCCCAGGAUGUAGCAGAAAAGAAUAAAAAUUAAUUUUAAAAA